GCGCCGGCACCCCCCGGAGAAACGGAGGCUUCCCCCGUUCGCGUUCCUCUUCUAUUGCACGCUGCUGCCUCUGCCGCGCGAGCGGGAAUUUGUGUGUGUUUGUGUGUGGUGCGUGAGCGUCGCUCCGCUGUUCGUCUCUCACAAUGUGGUGACCUUUAACCCCAUCCAGCAGCGCAAGCGUCGCGACAAUCGCUCGACGCCGUACGCGCUGCGGAGUAGCGCCAAUGUGUCUGCUGUGCCCCCUCGAGGAUGUCGCCGUCGAGUGCAAGCCCGUGCCUGUAUCGACGAGUCGAGUGGCGCUAGCGUAGUGGUUGUGGUGCUUGUUUGUGUUGGUGCGGAGUGAUGGUGGCGCAGUUCCACACUGGAGUGGUUGAUGGCAUCGUAGCGUACAUACGGGCCACGGUGUAGUGUGUGGUGUGAGCAUGACAACGCCGGAGGAGGAUGCGGCGAUGGAGACCGCAGAUGCGGUGGUGGAUGCGGCUACCGCUCGGGAAUUACUCGGCCAGGACGACGAGAGAAACGAAGUGGACGCUCAGUGGGCUGCCAUCGCUCCUCGGGUCCGCUCGCAGUACCUUUGGUUCAAGGCGCUCCGGCGCGUCCAGGACUCGUGGUCGUCCCAGCCACCCGGCGGCGGUCCGUGCCAUGGCGUGCAGCCGCUGGGCACCGUGUCGCUGUCGGUGAGCAACCGGGACGGCCGCCUUGCGCCCAUGUCCAUCGUGGGCUGCAAUGGCUCGUCCAGCGUGCAGCCGGCCGACCAGGAGCUGCUGCAGUUCCCCGACGGACAGACCGCCAAGCUGUGGCGCACAGGAAACCCGAACGCCAACUCGGUCAUCAUCUCCGUCUCGCCGGCGCGCUCAGAGUCCAACGGCUCCUUCCACGACAGCACCAGCACCGCUGUAGCCGUACCUACGCCGGCCGGCUUUAGGUCGGCCGCGGGAUCUUUCGAUGACGGCGCCGACAACAACAACGUCGCCGACGGGACCGCCGCGCCCCCAUGCGACGGGGGCCCACCCGGUCCGGGAGCGGGCGGAAGUGGGCGCCCGGAUGGCGGAACCGGCGUGGGCAUGCAACAGCACUUCAAGAAGGGCUUCCGGUUCGGUGGCUUCACCUUCCCGCGGCUGACCAACAGCUUCCGCGACGACCGGCUCGAGCUCGCCUACCAGCGCUACUCGCACCGACAGCGCCGGCGAGCGCUCCUCAUCGUCAACCUGAUUGACGUGUUCCUCAAGCUCGCGCUCCUGGUGGCCUUCUUCGCCGCUGGAUGGGGCGACGAUCCGGAAAUGACCCAUUGCGCCCUGCUGCGCUACCUGCCGUGGGUGUUGGUCAAUGUGUUCCUGAGCCUGCUCACGUGCUGGAGGUUCUUCGCCAACAACUAUCUCCACUGGGGAGCGGCUCUCAUCUGGAUAGCCCUCAACGCUCAAGGCAACGGCAACUUCGGCGUGACUUCCGGAGAGCUGCGCUUCGAGCCCGGCGGCGACGUGUCCGGCGACACGGUUUGGCACGUGAUGUUCACCGUGUUCGUGACUUACGCGAUGCUGCCGCUGCCGCUCAAGUGGUGCAUCGUGUGCGGCGUGCUCGCGUCGGUCGUCAACCUCGUCGUCAGCAGCGUCUACCGCGCCGAGCUCGACCAGCCAGUCUUCGAGCGCAUGAUUUUGACGAAUUCCUGCUUGUAUCUCUGCAUCAACUUUGUCAGCAUGUACACAAAGUAUUUGACGGACAGAGCUCAACGAAAUGCUUUCUUGGAGACGAGGCGAUCCAUCGAGACACGCUACCGCACGGAGAAAGAGAUCAAAAAGCAGGAGAGCUUGUUGCUGUCCCUGCUUCCCCGCUUUGUGGCGCAAGAGAUCAUCAAGGACAUAUCGAACGAAGAAGACCACCGGAAGUUCUUCACUUCUCAGUUUCACAAGAUCUACAUCCAUUGUUACGACAACGUGAGCAUCCUCUUUGCCGACAUUCAAGGUUUCACAGCUCUGGCGUCAAGGUGCUCGGCCCAAGAACUGGUCAAAGUUCUCAACGAUCUGUUUGCUCGCUUCGACCGCCUUGCGAACGAGAACCACUGCCUGCGGAUUAAGCUGCUCGGCGACUGCUACUACUGCGUCAGCGGCCUUCCGCACGCUCGCCCAGACCACGCGCACUGCUGCGUCGAGAUGGGAUUGCACAUGAUACAAGUAAUCAAGUUUGUUCGCCAGACGACGUGUGUGGACCUGAACAUGAGGAUCGGAAUCCACACGGGCUCGGUGUUGUGCGGUGUUCUGGGACUCCACAAGUGGCAGUUCGACGUCUGGUCGAACGACGUAACAUUGGCCAACCAUAUGGAGUCUGGAGGAAUCGCCGGUCGCGUUCACGUCUCGCAUGCUACGCUGAACGCCCUGGGAGACUCGUACGCCGUGGAACCUGGAUACGGAGAGACGAGGGACGCCUACCUGAGGCAGCACAACGUGCAGACCUUCCUCAUCAAACGAACGGAACCGUCCACUUACAAGAAGGGCUACAAGCGACGCAAGCGGCGGAGCAAUCCGGAGGACCGUCAGAGCACCGUCAGCCUCCCGAUGAGCAACGGCGCGAAUGGCGGCGCAGCCACCGGCGAACACCGUUCCAGCGCCAGCACUAACAGCACGGUGGGCACCGGGGACGAAGAGGCUGCGGCUGACUGGACACCCGAGAUACCUUUCAAGAACCUGGAGUCACUCGUCGCCUUCGCCGACGACGAGACCCUAGAGGACGGCGAGGCCACGCUGCCGCCGGGUGCCGAACCGGUGGCCUGCGACAUGGACCGCCGCCCGUCGAGGCAGGAUUCGCGCGGUUCCUCGGUGCGCAGGAGCCAGAAGUGGCACGAGCAUUCCGGGGGUCAGCACCAGCCGGCGGUGACGCUGUCGUCGACGGUGAACGAGGACGUCGACGAAAUCAUCGACCACGAGAUCGAGGUGGAGGGCAACAAAAAGAUGUGCCGGGAGAACGUCAACCUGUUCACCCUCUCAUUCAAAUGCAAGCUCACGGAGAACCAGUUUCAACAACAUCAAGUUCAUGACACUGUGUUUCGUUCGAACAUGACUUGUGCCUUCAUCACAUGGAUAUUCAUAAUCAUUUGCCAAGCAGUUAUGCUUCCAAAGUCGUUAUUUAUGACGGUGUCGUAUUCCGUCGUGUCCAGCCUUCUGGCUAUUGUUCUCGUGGCUGCAGUGGGAAGCGAGUGUCGUUGGUCUCCGAGCAACCUUGUGAAGGUUUCCAAACUUUUGGAAGAACAGUGCUUCUGGAGGAAUAUCGUUAUUUGUUCUACAAUCCUCGUCAUGUACAUUGCUUCCACUGGCACCAUGUUUGUUUGUGACCGCCAGUCCAGCAACUCGACAGAUCAGUGUCGUCACGAGCCGUCGGAAAGUUCCUUGUGUUGCUAUCCCCAGUACUACGUAUUUUCUUGGAUGUUGUACAUGGUUGCCUGCUCUGCCUUCAUCAAACUCAACUACCUUAUAAAGGUCGCCAUGCUUACUGCCAUGGCAGUAACGGACAUACUGCUGGUGAAAGUGUUCUUUCCUGACGUAUUCAGAAGGUCUCACAAGGGCUACAAUGUGAUUGUUUCAGUAGAAGACCGUAUGCCCAUCUUGAUCGCCGUAUUUUUCUACAUAGUUGUCUAUCACUGCAGACUGACUGAAGUCACCUCAAGACUGGACUUCUUGUGGAAGCGCCAAGCACAGGCUAACCUGCAGAGCAUGCGUGAAAUAUGCAGCUACAACACGCAACUGCUACGCAAUGUUCUUCCCGACCACGUAGCAACCUAUUUUCUUACUCACGACAGAAAAAAUGAGGAGCUCUAUGCACAAUCCUACGUCUGCUGCGGCGUGUUGUUCGCCUCCAUACCAAACUUUGCAAAUUUCUAUUCCGAGGACAUCAACAAUGGUGUGGAAUGCAUCAGGCUACUGAAUGAAAUCAUAUUUGACUUUGACCAGCUGCUUGAUGACGAAAGGUUUCAAUGCCUCGAGAAAAUCAAGACAAUCAGCAGCACCUACAUGGCGGCUUCUGGCCUAAACCCUAAAGACCAGAACCUUGCAUCAUGGGUUCACCUAACAGCUCUAGUGGACUUCGCCAUUUCGAUGAAAGAAGCCCUUGAAGAUGUCAACAAGCAUUCCUUCAACAACUUCAAGCUGCGUGUAGGAAUAAGCCACGGUCCUCUGGUUGGCGGCGUGAUCGGAGCCCGCAAGCCCGUGUACGACAUCUGGGGCAACACGGUGAACGAGGCUAGCCGAAUGGACUCCACUGGGGCCCUGGACCACAUCCAGGUGCCGCGGGCCACGGCGCAGCUGCUCGAGGAGCACGGCUACAGCGUCCAGUGCCGCGGACUCGUUCAGGUCAAGGGCAAGGGCACCAUGGAGACGUACUUCGUGCUGGGCAAGAAGAUUGCGCGCGCACGCUCCAUGAACCGGAAUCCGAGCACGAGAAGCACGCUGGCUGCCUUCGUCUACGGGCUCGUGCAGGCUCGCAAGAAGCAGGCCUUGGGUUCCAGCCUGAGCGUGCCCAGUCCCCGGCAGAGGGCGUCCCCGAAUGCGGGCUCCUUCAUGCGCAAGCAGAAGCUGCACCGCAUGCUCUCCGAGACGCCCAACUCGGACCGCAAGCGCAACAGGCUGCGGGAGAGGAGGAUGACCGAGACGGCCGGCAGCAGCCAGUCCUUCCCGGACAUGCGCAGUGCCGACCGGGACGAACCUUUCACUUCGCCGUGACGUGCUUUGUGCGCGAACACGAGUGCGUGCCAGCCGCAAUGCGCGUGUUCCAGCAUCAUGUGUGUGUGCGCGCGAAUGUGUUCCCGCGUGUGCGCGCGCACGCAGGAGCAUCGAGUCGGCGGCGUUUGUUAUGAACAACGUGCGUGGACCUUCUGUCUGGGAGGCCAUCUCGAGACGCGAAAUGGGACGAAAUCUGAACUGGCCCUGUUUCGGCGAGAAAAAGCGUGUUCCUGAAGUCGCCCUGACUAAAAAGAGGAGCACGAGCCACGCCGAUGUAUCUGCUUUGCAGCGCAUUGGACGUCUGCGCCGGCACGCCAAAGAACUUUUUUUUUUCGAAACGAACUCUGCUGACCUGCGCGGUCCUUGGUUCUGCACACCGUCAUACGCCAUAAUCAUCAUUGACAGCGUGGUGCUAAUUGAAGCACGCAUCACGCACUGGUGCCAUUUGUCGGGGAUCACGUCCUCUUUUUUCAAUCGCGUAAUCGUAUCCAUUGUUACUGUUUUACCAGACGGCUAAUAAAUAUUAAUUUCUGUAGA